UCUCUCUCUCACUCUCUCUCUCAGAAAUCUUUCCCAGCACUCUCUCUCUCACUCUCACUCUCUUUGAAGAAACCCUUAGCCUCCACGCCUGUCCUUGAUUCGCAACACCACCCUUGAAGACUCGAAAUUGGGGUUCACAAGAAAAGCUCAUACAUAUCGUAGGCACUGCUUGGUCUAAUUGGCGAUUUCUCAGUAGUAUUACAUUGCUUCGCUUGUUAUCUACUUCAGAGGGCUCCCUUUGUGCUUGCUGUGCUACUUCUCAAAUCCAAGAAAUGCUAGCAUAUAGGUGGGCACUGUUUGGUCCAAUUGGCGAUUGCUCAGUAGUAUUACAUUGCUUCGUUUGUCAUCUACUUCAGAGGGCUUCCCUGUUGUGCUUGCUGUACUGCUUCUCAAAUCCAAGAAAUGCUAGCAUAUAGGUAGGCACUGUUUGGUCCAAUUGGCGAUUGCUCAGUAGUAUUACAUUGCUUCGUUUGUCAUCUACUUCAGAGGGCUCCCUGUUGUGCUUGCUGUACUGCUUCUCAAAUCCAAGCAUCUGCGGAAGAACAAGUUUAAAUGGCUGAGCCAGUUGUUUCUGGUAUUUUGGGGAAAUUCGGGCAAUUCUUGUUUGAUCUAAUUAGAAGUGAAUUUGAUCAUCUGUUUUGCUUCGACACCUAACAUUCAAAAGCUUCAAACUCAAUUGAGGGACCUGAAAGCGACUAGAGAAGGGGUUCAGCUAUGGGUCGUAGAAGCACGCAACAAUCUGAGAUCCGUUCCUGAAGCUGAUACAUGGCUGAUUAAAGCAAAUAACAAAAUUGCAGAGGCAGAUACAAUUAUUGAAUCCGAGGCCCGAGUUCAGACGGGAUGUUUGAAUGGGUGGUGUGGGCCCCGUUACUCACUGAGUAGAAAAGCCGCGAUCAUGAUUCCAGAUCUUGUCGAUCUUCAUACUGAGGGCAUCAAGUACACUCAGUUGUCCCACAGUUCACCACCACCAUCCAUCCAAGCUCUACCCUCGACAGGAUUCAAGGGGUUUGAGUCUCGAAAUUUGAUUGUGAAGCAAAUCAUCGACGCUCUGAAGGAUGACGAGAUCAACCUGAUUGGGGUAUGCGGGAUGGGGGGAGUGGGCAAGACAACAAUGGUCAAACAGGUUGCCAAACGAGUGGAAGAAGAGAAACUCUUUAAUAAAGUUGCAAUGGCAGUUGUCAGCCAAGAGCCAGACUUCGUGCAGGUUCAAAGUUGUAUUGCAGAAAUGUUGGGUUUACAACUUGGCAUGGGGAACACAAUGGUACGAUCACGUCUGCUACGUUAUAGACUUCUACAGAACGAUGAGAAAAUUCUAGUCAUAUUGGAUGACAUUUGGAAACAAUUUGAUCUCGAGGACUGGGGAUUUCCUUCGGAAGGAGGCAGCAACAAGAGUUGCAAGAUCCUUUUCACUUCACGAAAUCGAAAUCUAUGGAAACGAAUACAAAAUAAAAGGUACAUCCAACUUCAGGUCCUAGUGGGUGACGAACCAUGGCAUCUCUUUAGAGAGACGGUAGGCGAUUGUGCUGAGGACCUUGAUCUGCUACCACUAGCAAAACAGAUUGUAAAUGAAUGUGGAGGUUUACCACUUGCCCUCGUAACUAUCGGAAGGGCUCUUACAAACGAACGCAACCAACGUCAUUGGAAUAAUGCGCUUCAACAACUAAGAACCCCUUCUUCAGAAAGUUUGUCGUCAGGAUUGCUUGCAAAAGUGUAUCAAGCUCUAUAUUUUAGUUACAAUUUUCUAACAGUUGAGAGGGCCAAGAAGCUGUUUCUGCUCUGUUGCUUGUUUCCAGAAGGCUUUAAUAUUCAUAUUGAAGAUUUGGUUAGAUACGGAAUCGGAUUGCGGUGGUUUAAAGGCAUCGACAAAGUGGAUGAAGUAAGAGAUCGAGUGAAUGUCUUUGUUGAUUGCCUUAAAUGCUGUUAUUUACUGUUGGAUGGUGAUGAGGAGGAGCAAAUAAAAAUGCACGAUGUAGUGCGUGAUGUCGCCAUAUCAAUUGUGGCUAAAGACAAGCAUGGUUUUAUGACAAUCCAUGGUGCCAAAUCGGGAGAGUGGCCAAAGAAGGCUACAUAUGAGCUUAACACUUCCAUUUCGGUGAUGUCAAAUGAAAUUGUCGAGUUUCCAGGAGGAUUGAGAUGCCCAAAACUUGAGUUUUUACUAAUAGAAUGCCAGAAUAAUUAACUAAAAAUACCAAGCAAUUUUUUUGAGGGCAUGCAGGAACUCAAAGUUUUGGACCUGAGAAUCACGGAAGACAUCUCGUUACUGCUGUCAUCACUGCAAUUCUUGAGCAACCUGUUGACAUUACAUCUUGAUUACUGUCAGAAGUUUGAUAAUAUAUCUGUAAUUGGAAAGCUAUUGAAUCUGGAAAUUCUCAGCUUUCGUGGAUCCAACAUUGAGAAGUUGCCCAAGGACAUAGGAGGACUGGUUAAUUUAAAGUUGUUAGAUCUGACAAGAUGUCGUAAACUUAAAAGAAUAGCACCUGGUGUCAUAUCAGCCCUAGUCCAAUUACAAGAGUUGUACAUGGGUGGCUGCGGAAUCAUUUGGAAACGAGAAAAUGCGAGCUUGAGAGAGUUUGAAUCCUUGUCCAAUUUGAAUACUUUAGAGAUUAUUAUAAAAGAUGUCGUGUGUUUGCUAAGAAUCCCAUUAGUCAGAAAGCCUUUGGGUCUCUAUCCUCAUGGCACAUGUACUAUCACAUUAGAAAGCGGUGGGAUCAUUUCGUUGUUCAGGAGUACUGCAGUUCUAGAAUUAAUGGGGAAGGAUUCGGAGGAUGCAGUGCAAGAGUUGUUUCGAGAGGGAGUUGAAGGACUCCAACACUUGACGGAACUAGUAAUUCGUAAUUGUGCUACACCAGAAUGUCUUGUCAAUACAAUGGAAUGGGUCCCGCGUACACCUAAUGCAAUUCCUCCUAUUCUUCCUAUCCUGGAGAAAUUAAAGCUGAGAAAUCUACCCAAUUUAAGAAAGAUAUGGCACUGCCAGCUUCCAACCGGCUCUUUUGGAAAACUAAAACAUCUUGAAAUAGAGGAUUGUGAUGGAAUGGAAGAAGUUAUUUGGAAGGAAAAAGGAGUUGUCAAUACAAUGGAAUGGGUCCCGCGUACACUUAAUGCAAUUCCUCCUAUUUUUCCUAUCCUGGAGAAAUUAAAGCUGAGAAAUCUACCCAAUUUAAGAAAGAUAUGGCACUGCCAGCUUCCAACCGGCUCGUUUGGAAAACUAAAACAUCUUGAAAUAGAGAAUUGUGAUAGAAUGGAAGAAGUUAUUUGGAAGGAAAAAGGAGAAGAUGAAGCAACAAGCAAGAUGGAGUUUCCAGCAUUAGAAUCCGUGAUUUUGAAGAGUCUACCAAUGCUCAUUGGUUUUUGCAGAUGGACUGACGAGAUUGAGUUCCCUCAAUUGAAGAAAUUGCAUCUAGAGUAUCUACCACAACUCAAGUGGGUCUUCCUCAAUAGCAGUAAUCCGUUUUCAGAGUUAAUGGAAAACCACAAUGCUACCUUCCUAUCUCUUUUCCCUGACAUGGUCGCCUUGAAGGAAUUGCUUAUUUCUGGGGUGCCUAACAUAACUGAGAUUUGGGGCAAGCAAUUUCCCUCCGAACGGAAAGUCAACAAUGGCCCUAGCUUGGAGUCAUUAGUUCUCUGUAAUCUACCCAAUUUAAGAAAGAUAUGGGGCAAGCACUUCCAACUUCCAACCGGCUCUUUUAGAAAUUUAAAACAUCUUGAAAUAGAGAAUUGUGAUAGAAUGGAUGAAGUUACUUGGAAGGAAAAAGGAGAAGAUGAAGCAACAAGCAAGAUGGAGUUUCCAGCGUUAGAAUCCAUGAUUUUGAAGAGUCUACCAAUGCUCAUUGGUUUUUGCAGAGGGACUGACGAGAUUGAGUUCCCUCGAUUGAAGAAAUUGCAUCUAGAGUAUCUACCACAACUCAAGUGGCUCUUCCUCAAUAGCAAUAAUCCAUUUUCAGAGUCAAUGGAAAACCAUAAUCCUACCUUCCUAUCUCUGUUCCCCGACAAGGUCGCUUUCCCAACCUUGGAGGAGUUGCUUAUUUUUGGGGUGCCUAACAUAACUAAGAUUUGGGGCAAGCAAUUUCCCUGCGAACGGAAAGUCAACUGUUUUGAGAAAUUGAUGAAUGCUGUUCAAUCCAAUAAUUCAAAAGUGAAAGCAAUGGCCCAAGAAAAGAAAAGAAAUGAUGAUGUCAUUGCAUUCCCUCAACUAAGGACUAUGAGACUAGACAAUUUACGUAACUUCGAAACUUUUUGCUGGACUAGUAGUUCAAAAAAACAAACCUUGUUCAACCAUCAGAUUGCAUGCCCCAAAUUGAGGGUAUUGGCCAUUGGUUGGGUGCCAAACAUAACAGAUGUGUGGGACAGGAAAUUACACCCAAGACGGUCUUUUUGUCAACUAAGAGAGGUGAGGAUCGACGGAUGUGACAAACUGGUGAAUGUGAUUCCGUCCAAUAUGCUCCCACGAUUGCAGAAUUUAACAAAACUCUCUGUACAAUACUGUCCAAUGGUGCAAGAGAUAUUAUCGGAGAAAUGAGAAGAAAAAGCAGAUGCAGGAGCCAAACAAAAUACCAUCUUGUUCCCUCGACUAAAGAGUCUUGAACUUGGAUCUCUGGAGAAUCUGAAAAGUUUCUGUACCUCUAGACUAGCAGCACAACACUUCUUCAAACACCCGGCUGCUUUUGCUGCCUUGGAAGAAUUGCACAUUUGCAACUUGCCUAACAUAACGGAGAUUUGGGGGAAGCAAUUACUCCCAGUUCCAAAAAUAGACGCACAGUCCUUCGAACAAUUGGCUGUCGUGAAUGCCACUUGGUGUGAAAAAUUGGUGAAUGUGAUUCCUUCGAGUAUGUUUCCAAGGUUAAAAAAUCUAAAAUCAAUUUAUGUAAAAAGUUGUCCAGAGAUGGAAGUGAUAGUCUCGAAGAAAGCAAAUGCAACUGUCAAUGGCGAUAUCAUUUGUUUUCCUGAGCUAAGAUAUCUGUCAAUUGACAAAUUGUACAACCUCAAAAGUUUCUGCAGCAGCUCUCCAAGUUCGGAAGCACAACCGUUGUUUAAUGACCAG